AUGGCCAGUUACAGCUUCAGGCAAACGACCUCCUCUGUGGCAGGGGGACCUGGCGGCUCCUCCGUCCGCUUCAGUGGAGGUUCCUUUAGGGCUCCAAGCAUCCAUGGGGGAUCUGGCGGCAGGGGGGUGUCAGUCUCUUCUGCUAGGUUUGUCUCUUCUGGCCUAGGAAGUGGCCUGGGUGGGGGGUAUGGAAGUAGUUUCAGCAGCAGCUUUAGCGGUGGCUAUGGGGGUGGUUUGGGUGGCGGCGACGGCCUCCUCUCGGGAAAUGAAAAGGCAACUAUGCAAAGCCUGAACGAACGCCUCGCGUCUUACCUGGACAAAGUGCGUGCCCUGGAAGAGGCAAACUCUGACCUUGAAACUAAAAUCCGAGACUGGUACCAAAAACAAGGGCCAGGCCCAAGUCGGGACUACAGUCCUUACUACAAGAUUAUUGAAGACCUUCGAGACAAGAUCCUUGAUGCCACUAUCGACAACUCGAAGAUUGUCUUGCAGAUUGACAAUGCCAGGCUGGCUGCUGACGACUUCAAAACCAAGUUUGACACAGAGCAGGCUCUUCGCAUGAGCGUGGAGGCUGACAUCAACGGCCUGCGCAGGGUCCUGGAUGAGCUGACCCUGGCUAGAACAGACCUGGAGCUGCAGAUUGAAAACUUAAAGGAGGAGCUGGCCUACCUGAAGAAAAACCAUGAGGAGGAAGUGAGUGCCCUGGGAGGGCAAGUAGCCGGCCAGGUCAAUGUUGAACUGGACUCUGCUCCAGGCAUUGACCUGUCCAAGAUUCUGGCUGAUAUGAGAGACCAGUAUGAACACAUGGCUGAGAAGAACAGGAAGGAUGUUGAGGCCUGGUUCCACAACAAGACUGAAGAGCUGAACCGUGAAGUAGCUGUCAAUACUGAGCAACUGCAGAGCAGCAAGUCCGAAGUCACUGACCUGAGACGCAGCCUCCAAGGGCUGGAAAUAGAACUGCAGUCCCAGAUCAGCAUGAAAGCCGCGCUGGAGAACACCUUGGCAGACACGGAAGGGCGCUACGGUGCCCAGCUGGCGCAGAUCCAGGGCCUGAUCAGCAGCGUCGAGGCGCAGCUGGCGGAGCUCCGAGCUGACCUCGAGCGUCAGAACAGCGAAUACAAGAUCCUCAUGGGUAUCAAGACUCAGCUGGAGCAAGAGAUCGCUACUUACCGACAGCUCCUGGAAGGCCAGGAGUCCCAGAUGUUUGGCUCCCUUUCCGGAACCGCGGACAAAAGAGACAAGCUGGCAGAUGGAAAAUAG